AUGGAGGAUUCGUCGGGGACUCGCGAGCCCCGGGCCCGGUCGAGAGAGCGAGACCCGGACCGGCGCUCCCGCACGGACCGAGACCGCCACCCCGAGCGACAACGGGACAGACCCGGGGACCGACGCAGGGAGAGAGACGGGAACGGGCGGAGGAACGGGGACCGGCGAGGGGACCGGGACAGGGGGAGGGACCGAGACCCCCGCCAGGACAGACACAGGGACGCAGCCCCUCGCGUGGGUGAACACAAAGUUUGGGAAAAGUCCCGCCAAAGCCGGACGCGGGACGGACCCCGGGGACCAACCUGGGACGCAGCCCCGCCGCCCUGGCCCGCGCCUUGGGAAACCCCGGAGCCGCCGCCCCAGAGGAAGGGGGGCUUCGGGCGCCGCGGACUGGACAGUGAACCCACUUCAGGGAGAUAUCUGCCUUCGAACCCCAGGCCUGGACGAGAGGAAGUGGAAUAUUCCCAGUCAGAGGCUGAAGGACUUCUGGAAUGCCAUAAGUGCAGAUACUUGUGCACUGGGAGAGGCGUGGUGCAGAUAGUGGAGGUGAUAUUGAAUGGAAUGGUUCUCAUGUGCAUCGUGGCCUCCUACUUUGUCCUGGCCGGAUUCAGUGCCAGCUUUACUAGUGGCAGCAGCUUUGCGAACAACUAUUACUCACCGUUCGAGGGCACUGAGCUGGAGCAGGUUCGGCAGCUGGACCAGCAGUACACAAUCCUCCGGGCACCCCUGAUAUACAGUGGCGUGGCUUUUUCUCUGGGGCUGGGUGUCCUCACCAUGGGCGUUUUACUCCAAGGAGCCAAGAGUCUAACAAAGCUGCCAGGGAAGUGGCUCCUCACAGAGGCUACCUUCAGCCUCCUAGCGGCAGUGGGCUACUGCAUAGGCAUUGGCAUUUACCUCCACGUAGCUUUGCAGAUCAAUGCCACGGACACUUGCAAAACAAGGGAGAGGCUCUAUGCCCGCAAGGGUCUCACCUGGAUGAACUGCCAGCUGGCAGGCACUGAUGGAGCAGCAGCCACCUUCGCUUGUAUUCUGGUAAUAAUGUACAGUGCCAGCGUGGUGCUGGCCCUACGGAGCUACCGAGAACAGAAGCACUGCAAAGACAGCCAAGAACAGCAUAGAAAUUACAGUAAUGCAUCAGAAUACCUGUGGUCUGGAACGCUCUGA